CCCUUUUACACUUUACUCAUUCAAAAGUGAGUAAUCCACUAAAUAAUUAAUUAAACCUUCCGGUGGAAGUGUGAGAGACCAUGAACGACUCCAAGUCUUUCCCGCCCGCUUUCUCCUUCUCAAGCUCUUCAACAUUAUCAUCAUCAUCAUCACCAGGAAUGGGGAAGUUCACAUUUUGUGCGGGCACCAUUGCCAAUGAUCAAACCACCGAACGACGACGACCCAAGACCUAUCAAGCUAAGCCUGUGACGGCGGACUCAGGGCAUAGUAAAUCGGCUUCGGCUUCGGCUUCGGCUUCGGCUUCGGAUUCGUCGUCGUCUUUUUCUUUCAAAUGUCCUCCGAUCUUCGCAGAGAAUGCAAAUGCAAAAGAGAAUUCCAACGAAACGAAACAUGAUAAUGGGAUACGUGAAAAUCCUAAAACUAGAUUUACUGGGCUGUCAGCAUUGACAGGGACAAUUCCGUGUUGUUUUGAGGGAUCUAGUUAUUCUUUUCAACCUCUGGGACAAAGCUUCUAUGCUACUGAGGAAUCAAUCAAAAAAGAAGAUGAUAAUCAUGUUCAAAACCCAUCUGCAUCACAGAUCAUGGUGUCGCGUCUUCUGAAGGGCAUACCUCAGAGUCCCCAUUUCUGGCCCUUAAGAGGCUACUCAGAGGCAGCAAAACAAAGCUUGAUCAAUGCGUGGGAUCGAAUAUACAAAGACGCGGUUGAUCAAAUCCAAAGUAUGUCUGUUAAUGGCUUUUGGAUUGAUGCCAAGAGGUUUUGGGAAACAACACUAGAACUACAAAUGAUGGGUUAUAAUGUCAUACCACUAAGAAGAAGAUUUGUUGAGCUCUCAGAAGUAUUGAAAAAGAGAACAAGGCAUAGGAUUGAAAGAGGGAGACUGAAGAGCAAGGCUGAGCAACACAUGAUGGAGAAAAAAAAGUUGGAAUUUGAAAUCGUGAAGCUGAAUGCAAGGGUUGAAGCAGAAAAGGCGAGCUUUGAUGAUAUCAUGGCUAAAGUGGCCAAGAUGGAUGAUGAGAUGCCUAGCUUCAAUGCUUCCUUCAGUAAGCUAGCCAUUAAGCCUCUCUAAUUUCAGUGCAGAGUUUGCUGGACGUACAUUUUGAGGAUAUUACGAUUCGAUUCUACCGAUUCGGUCAUACUCCCUCACCGAUCCAAGGUGGGAUUCGAUCGUAACAACUAACCUUGCUUUUGAGUGGGAUACAUGUUUGAUUUUCGGUGUUUGAUUGGUUUUCAUCAAUGUUUCUGACUUUCGCCCUUUUUUCUGGUUCCUUAAGCCGACUUCUCCUGUAACACUGCAUUUCUCCUGUAACACUGCAUACUACAUGAAACCAGUGAAUUUCAACAAAACAACAUUUAACAUGGUGUGUCCAAUGUCUUCAUUAUGCACCUUAAUGAAUCAAUGAUCAGGAUAAUGAAUGUUGGGACAUAUUCUAA